ACAGAACGUUUGAUAUAUCAUCACUUAGUAAUGACGCGAGUUGUACGAAUAGAGAAAAGCCCUAGUAUCCUAAUAGUGGGCUUUCUGUUCAAUUAAUAUCGUCAGUUGACGUGAAUUUAUUGCCCUUGUAGCGAAAUCUGUUGAAUGGAAAAUUCAUUGUCGGAUCGUGUAACCGUUGCGAAGAAUUUCUCAUUGAAUUUCGGUGUUGAAAUGCCGCUGUCUCAUAUUAUGGACCUAUCUCAUAAUAAAAAGGUGCGAAUUUAUAUUAAAAAUUGCAUGCAAAACACAUUUAAUCCAUGUCAUAGAAAAGAAAUGUAGAGCGUAGAUCUGAAAAAGUGUCGAUACUUUUUAUUUAACGUCGGUAGCUAGCCCUAAUUGAAAGGCUUCGGCGAGGUGAAAAGAGUUGAACGUUUCGCUCUAAUCGAAUCGAUUCUCGCAAACGGUAACUGCCGCGUGUUCGCGAUGUCGCCGGCCACGUGACCGCAUAUAGGCCAUCGAAACAUUCAAGGUCUCUCAUCGGCAAUAACCCGCGAUAAUUCUGAGUAACAAAACGAUCGGAACUUGCAAUAAUGAAACUAGUAACUUUGACGCGCUCAAUUUUUCAGUUACGUUAAUUACCGGCAGUUUUGUCGCCGCCUUUGCAAUCCCGAGGAUGAAUAUUGGAAGGAAUUUUCGAACGCGGGAGACGAGUUGUUGCUUCUUGAAAGGGGAGCAAUUGACAGCUCCGGGAAGGAAGUGCGCAAGUUGAUGAAAGCGUUCCGAGUUUUCGAGCGUACAGUAGUUUCGCGAUAUAUUAAAGAUUCAGGAUGUAUCCCUUUUAUUCGCCCGGCUCUAUAAAGACGCGAUUGUAACCGUCCGCGCGCGCAAUUCAACCUUCUCCGAUCGCCGCAUUCCUCGAAAUGUUUUGGCCGAUGAAAAAUUUGGCGCGAAAAGCCCUUUUCACUCGCGCGAAACUCGUAUUACGCCGUACUCGCUCUCCACCCUACCCGCGGCAGUUCGCAGACACGCACGAGCGUCGGUUACGUGUGCACCACGGCCGCUUUUAUCGCGGCGCGCAUACGCGCGCGCACGCAUGUGCGUACGCACUCACACGUGCGUGUCGCGUCUCGGCCCCGGUACAGCGCCACCCCGAAUACCGGAUGUGACGACACUCGCGCACUUGGCCCGACGCACUCUCGAGAUGUCUCCCCUGUCCCCUUCGUUCCCCCUUUUUCGCGUUUCUCGCUCGGUCGGAGCGGCGCGCUCCGAGAACGCACUUUCUCUCUCUCUCUCUCUCUUGGUUCCCUUCAGCGGCCCACCGUCGUCGACCCGUUAUUUACUCUCGUAGUUCUGGCGAUGGCCAGCCGCGGCGUUCCCGGCACGCUUGCGUCGCAUCUCCUCGGCGCGGCGCGGAACGGAGCGGCAUGGCGCGGCACAGUCCCACGCGGCUUCUCGCGCGUGUCCACUACUAUACUCGUCGCCGUCUUACGUACGUACGCAACGCCGUCUUUUUCUUUCCUCCGACGUUCCUCGCGUUUAUCUCGCGCUAGUUGACGACGUGGUUCCGCGAACGCAAUGACAAUGCAACAACAGCGAACGACGAUGAGGAUGACGAUGGGUGUCGAGUCGUUGCCCGUGCUGAGGAUAGGUGAUGUACGCACGCGGCGGGAUAGAGAAAGAGAGAGAGAGAAAUACAUACUCGCGCGCGGCCAUUUUAACCGCGCGGUGCGCUAAGCCGGGCCACCCAGUGUGCAAUACGAGAGAGACCGCGACGGCAGUGUGUGUGUGUGUGUGCGCGCGUGUGCAUGUGUGUGCCAGCGCCGCCGUCGUCUUCGUCAUCGUCAUCGUCAUCCUCGCCGUCGUCGUCGUUCCUGCUGCCGUUCUCUCGUCGACAUCGAAUUGCGUCUGUCGGCUGCGCGCCUCGCUUCUGCGCACGCGAAUCCGCGCCGCGUAUAUCGCGCAUUAGCCGCACGUCUCUUGGCCGAUCGCGCGACAUGGAUCGAACCUCGCCGUUUUCCUCGCCGGGAACGAGCAGCCACGUCCCGGGUGUUACCGCGGAUCUCGCGAUGUGAUGCAUCGUCGUGACGUGCGCGCGCGGGACGGGGGAGGACACGUGCCCCGCGCGAGCGCGAAAAAAGCAUGCGGAGUGACGCGCGGUGACGCGCGAUGACUGGACUCGCGAGAGCGAACGGGUGGAUCGCCGUCGUCCAGCGGAGGACACCGGAAAGCGCGAGAGGCAAAUGGUUGGGCGUAUAUUGAUGGAGAUGUUUCGCGCAGCGGCCAACAACAAAAUAACGCUAAUUGUCGAGGAGGUCAUGCAGCAUGUUCAACUUGUUAUCGAUGAUAGCGAUGCCUUGGUGCGGUCGGACCUGGUGGAGCAGAUCCCGAACGUGGCGAUCAUCUGCCACGAGGCGCCCCAUCUCUUCGGCGACGUCCUCCGCAAUCACCUGCUCGACAUCGUGAUGAAAUACCUGAGCGACAUAGACAAUCAGGUACGGCAAAUGGCCCAAAGCGCGCUGACGACGCUGGUGAAACGGGGCCUCCUUGAUAACGAUGCGAUCGAGAAUGUUAUCUGCCCCACGAUGGAAAGUCUGCUGUUCUGCAUGAUGGCCGACGAGCAUGUCCGAAACGCGAACAUCUCCCUCAUGUGUAGACUGGCACCGCUGAUUGGUAGCGAACUUACAGAGAAGGUCUUUCUGGCGCGAUACCUAGACCUGUGCGAGGACAUCGACAUGAUGGUGAGGAGAAUCUGCGCUACUCACUUUGGCGAGAUGUGCACCGCUGUAGGAAAGGAAAAAUUGUUCAGCAAGCUGAUUCCUACGUUUGUUGAUCUGUGCGGCGACAGAGUGUGGAACGUGCGAAAAGCGUGCGUGGAGGUUAUGAUGCCGGUCUCCUGCUGUUUGACGCCCGAGCACCGCCGAUUGUUGCUUGCGGACAUACUGGCCAAGCACUUGAACGACGACUCCAAGUGGGUGCGAAUAUCGGCUUUUCAGAUACUCGGACCGUUCAUAUCCACCUUCGCCAAGCAGUUCGCAGACGUCACUUACAAUAAGAAUGGCGAGUUAGUGUAUACCAGUAAGCAGGAUAAUCACCCCAGCAUACGUUACUCUUACGAAGGAAUCUUCCCCACGAAGGGCGCGAUCAAAAGUCAAAUACCAGAUAUGGACGAGAAGUCCUUUUAUCUGCCUAUGAUGAAUGUGAGACAUGAUAGCGUUGAAGUAUCUUCGGAUUCCUCGGAAGGGGAUGAUGACCAAAUGACUGAGAUCUGCGUAUAUAAACGCCGAUAUUUCCAUUCGGAAAUCGUUACCACUGAUGUCGAGAGCGAAAAAGUCAAGAGGCGUCCGCCUAAUAUGAACGAGAUCAGAGUUCAAUUCCUCAAUGAGGCCUUGCGCAAACUCGUCCUCAAGAAUCAGACGAAUGAUUCGGAGAAAUAUAAUCCAUUUUUGUAUUAUUAUAUACCUCCGGAUACACCGCUGGACGAUGAACUUAUUUAUGCUGCGAGGCAGUCGGCGAUGAAUCGUAAUAACAGCCAGAAGGCGACCGAGGAAAAUAGCUCGUCCUGCUCUUCUGAAAUUCCAAUUCCCGUCGUAAAUUCGAAUGAGGAUGAUUCAAACAUGGAUAAAUUCUACGAACAAAAGGAAGAUGACGAUGACGACGAAGAUUCCGACGUGUCCUCAAUCUGUACGAAGAUGGAUUCGUUGGACGACACCCUAAAUUGCACCCAAGAUUGUACGAGAAAGUAUUUAUGCACAGCUUUCGUAGACAAGAGCGAUGAGAACUGCAAUGGACAAGAGAUCGUACCUCAGGAAUUAAUCAAUUAUUACGUAUCGAUGGCCGAUCCGGAGCAAUGCGUGGACAUGGGUGCUGAGAUCCCGCAUCAUUGUGCCUUCAGUUUUCCCGCAGUCGCGCUCACGCUGGGCAAAGAGAACUGGCACUACUUAAGAAAGGCUUACCAGUCGUUAUCGAGCGCGAAACAUUGGAAAGUCAGGCGUACUCUCGCGUCCAGCAUUCACGAGAUUGCCAUGAUUUUGGGCGAAGAACUCACUGCCACUGACCUCGUGCCAAUCUACGACGGUUUUAUCAAGGAUUUGGACGAGGUCAGAAUAGGUGUGCUCAAGCAUCUUGCGACCUUUUUGAAAAUACUCAAACCCACCGACCGCUGUCAAUAUCUACCAAGGCUAAGCGAUUUCCUCGCCACGGAUAACGAAUGGAACUGGAGGUUUAGGGAGGAACUGGCCACGCAAUUGCUCGAGAUUGUGGGCCUGUUCAGUCCGAGCGACGUGGCCCAGAGUAUCGCGCCGCUAUCUUUCCAACUGCUUGUAGAUAAGGUUGCCGCCGUUAGAACCAUUGCGCUUGAACUGAUUACGCGAAUAAUGUGCUACUUGUCCACCGAGGACGCUUUGGUAACAUCCCUUAUUCACGAACUUCGAGAGACUCUAGUGCUAGACGCUAAAAAGUGGAUACACCGGCAAACUUAUGCGCUCGUGUGCGCCCACAUGAUCCGCAACGACGCGAUCACGGGAGAGAAGUUUUCUAAGGAAAUGUUACCAUGUUUGAUAAGUUUGUCCUGCGAUAGAGUACCUAACGUAAGAUUAGCCGUGGCGAGAACUAUAGCAACGGAUGUGAUUGCGAUGGGUUUGGACAAUUUGGGCAUGGAAGCGAUGGAAGAAGUGGAAAGAAUACUCACGAAAAUGCGUGUGGAUGCGGAUCGAGAUGUGCGAGUGCUGGCCGGAGGUGAAGAGCAGCAAAUAGACAUACUGGCUUAUUGUUCCUCCGAUGAGAACAACCAAGUCGAACAAGCAAGAAAUAUACUAUUUUAAUAGUGAUGUAUUUUGAUCUCAUAGAUCAUGACAAAGUCACUGCGGUUUUAUAUAUAUAUAAAACGAACUUUGUACUUUAUGUAUGUGUGUAUAUAUAAAUAUAUGUAUGUAUGUAUAUACAUGCAUAUAUAUCACAAGAUAUAUAUAUAUAUAUACAAUAUCACAAGAUGCGCCUUGGUUCUUCCAUACGAGUGACUAGUUCUUGUAAAGAUAAGCCAAAAAUGUACAACAAACUGUGAACAUUUGACCGCAAACCGACAUACACGUAUAUCAGUUCUACCGGAUAGUUGCAAUUACAGAUAGGUUGACGAUGUUAAAACAAAGCUCAAAGUUGUCAAGCAUAGCGUUCACGAUUUAAGUAGUCGAGUGAUAGGUAAAAUUACAAUUUACAAUGACGACUGAUUUACGUCCUUUUAAUCUAGGACAGAAUUGUAACAAUGCGUACGGCUUGCGACCGUUGAUUACGUAACGAUGCAUGAGUGUAGGAGCAUUUGUAAUUUGUAUGUAUGCGUGAAUAGGUGCGUUUUAUCAUUGUGAUCAAUUUGUAUAUGUAACGUUCUCCCGAAUAGGAAAGUCUAAUAUUAAACAGUUCAAAGUACGUUACAUUGACAUGUUCUUUCUCAUUCGCUUAAUUCACUUCACGAUUGUUCGAUUGUACAACUUUUCGGCACUAUAACGUGUAUCGUUAUUUUGUAGCAUUUUUUUUAUUAAUCGAGAGUGAGACGCAGCAUCAAAAUGUGAAUUAGAUACUGAUAAGGCGCAUUUUGUUUGAAACAAGUAUUUAGAAAUGUGCCAUGCAUGAGAAUAUUUCACAGAUCGUUUGUAGACAAACCUGCUGGAUAAUUGACAUCCAAAAUUCUCACAAUCUCGAUAGACAUCUUGUGUAAGUGUCCAAGAAAAAGAAAAAUAUGUUGAACUGUUGUUGAGUGAAGACGUACACUAACGACAUGAUACUGUUCCAAUUGUAAUAAAAUUUAUCGCAUAAAAACAUUAUACAUUUGCACUCGUUGAAUAUCUUUUUGACAUAUAAUUCCUUAUAGAGAGUACUAUCAUGUCAUCUAGCUUAAUUAAAAGUGAACUAUACGUUGCUCACAAUACACUUGGUUUCUUACGGUUAUUACGCCUAAACUGGUAAGAUAAAAAUUGUGAAAUGGUCGAUCGAAUUUUAUUAACAUUUUCUAUGUCAGUAUGACAGUAACACGAACGUAAGAGAAAAUGUAUUGUAGAAAACUUUAUAAAUAUUGUACGAUAACAGAUUUUAUUACAUCAAAAGUGUGCGGAUUGCUGAUAUAGAGCCAAAUCCUGCGCCAUUUGAUUAGUGAAAGAGAGGAAAGAAGCAUUGUACAGAUUCGUAUCUACUUGCACGGAAAGUAUACGCUCGUUAACAUUUUCUGACACGAUUAUUAAAUAAAAGGCGGACAAUCGUAUCUCGUGUGACUCUGUGACAAUGAAUACGAUAAUCUAGCUGCGACAGACUUGCUCUUUAAGCAAUGAACGCCCUCGUUAUUUGUGAAUACUGAAGGCGAAGGAUGUAUUGUUUAAAAACCUGUAUAAUAUAUUAUGUAUUUGAUAAUGAGACGAUGAGAAAUAUACAUCAAACGAUUUGUUACACAA